AUGGACCGAACAAUGCCUAAGGAUUUGGUUCCCAAGCCUCAAGAUCUCGCAUCCAACUACAGCAUCAAAAAUGGCCACGCUAUUGCCAAUGAGCUUACCUUGAAGGAUGCGGAAAUUGUUGCAGCGCUGCAAUGCUAUGUCCCAGGAACCGCAGAGGAAAAGCGACUUGUCAGAAAGGCUGACAUGGUCUUGCUGCCACUUCUGUGGUGGAUGUACAUUCUGGCAUACCUUGACCGAGGCAACAUCGCCAACGCCAAUGCCGCCGGACUGAGCGAGGACCUCGGGCUUAGUGACAACCAUUAUUCACUCCUCGUAUCUCUUUUUUUUGUUGCCUAUGUUCUGUUCGAGGUACCCUCAAACAUGCUGCUAAUGAAGAUCAAGCCUUCAAUCUACCUCCCCACGAUUUGUGUGGUGUGGGGCAGCGUCAUUAUUGGAAUGUCUCAAAGUAGAAGCUCGUCUGCGUUUCUCGCAGGCCGAUUCUUUCUAGGCGCUAUCGAAGCUGGCUUGUUCCCUGGUGCACUUUUCCUUCUUACUUGCUGGUACACGAAGAAAGAAGUUGGCAAACGCUUCUGUAUCUUCUACACAUCAGGUUGUGUUGCACCUGCCCUUGGUGGAAUAAUGGCUGGAGCGGUCAUAGCGCGACUAGAGGGAGCCCGCGGGAUCUCAGGCUGGCGAUGGCUCCUCCUGAUCGAAGGCGUCGUGACGGUCGCCUGCGGGUUCGGCCUGUAUUUUGUGCUUCCCGACUAUCCUAGAAACUCCAAAUUGCUGACCCCCGAGCAACGGCUCCUUGGACAUGUCCGAAUUCUUCACGACCAAAGUUCAUCUACACAAGCCGAAGACGACGGCAUGACGCCAAUCCAGGCCUUUGCAGCAGUCCUGAGAGACGGUCGAACUUGGCUAUUUCUAGUUCUAUACGCCUGCAAUAUUCUGGGGUUGACAAUAUCAUAUUUCAUUCCUACAAUGUUGAAGGGACUUGGGUAUACCAGUAUCACCGCUCAAUGGAUGACAGUUCCAAUUUGGGCGUGCGGCGCUGUCUUCCAGCUCUUCUGGUCAUGGACUUCAGACAGGUACCAAGACCGCAGAUGGCACAUUACUGGGUUGCUCUCCGUUUCUGCAUUAUCAUGCCUCGUCGCCAUCGUCGUUCGUAACAACAUUGUCAAGUACGUCAUGAUGUGCUUUCUCAUUGGCGGCAUGUUCACGACUGUACCACUGAUUCUUAACUGGACGAGCGAGAUCAUGGCCAAGCCAGAACGGAAGCGAUCUAUUGCCAUCGCGUUUGUUAAUUCCUUUGGCCAUACUAGCUAUAUUUACGGGAGUUACUUAUGGCCUACGUCGGAAGGCCCGCGAAAUCUUAAAGGGUUUGCAGCCUCCAACGCUGUUCUCGGUACUGCGGCUGUCCUUGCUGCAGCGCUUCCUGUCAUCUUCAAGUACAUGCGCACGAAGGAUACUCAUCCAGUUAAAUAA